CCCGCAUUUGAGCGGCAGAAUUGUUUCCCUUUUUUUAUUUGAUUUUUUUUCUCGCAGCCUAUCUGCAGACCCAACAUGAGCGACGUGCAUGGUCGAAAACGGGUGAAAGACCCUGAAGAAUCCAUCAAAGCUCGCCGCGAAAAGGAGGCCAGCAAAAUUACGGAAUAUCGAGAUCUGGUACAGCAGUGCCACGAAAAGAUGAACGCGAAAGAAUAUACCCAAGAAACAUUGGCUGUUAUCACACAAAUCCUACGAAGUAAUCCCGAUUACUACACCAUUUGGAAUAUGCGGCGCAUUGUGCUUUUGGAAGGCAUCUUGCCUUUGCAGGAAUCUGAGGAUCAACGGAGAAAGAUUUUUCUCAAUGAGCUCGACCUUUUCAUGCAACUCAUUCGCAUCAAUCCGAAAUCGUAUUGGCUGUGGAAUCAUCGAAGUUGGUGCCUAGAAACUAUGCCAAAACCAAACUGGACGGGAGAACUCGAACUGGUGAGCAAAAUGUUAUCCUUGGAUGCUCGCAAUUUUCACGGUUGGGGUUACCGACGUUACGUUGUGGCCCAGCUUCGAGCCUCGGCUGACGAAGCCGAGACCGCGCAGAUUUCCCAAAGAGAGUUUGAAUUCACCACGCAAAAGAUCAAUCAGAAUUUCAGCAACUAUUCCGCUUGGCACCAGCGGUCGAAAACUUUGCCUGAGAUUGUAGAAAAGAUGAGCACAGAAGAACGGAAUGCAGUGGCUCAAAAUGAAUUGGAUAUUAUCAAGGCUGCUGUUUACACCGACCCUGACGACCAAUCGGCAUGGCUAUAUUACUGGUGGUUGAUCGGACGAGGUACGACAAUGUAAGGGUGACAUACGAUGCAAGACUAGUAAUAACCAUCCUGUGGUGUUACAGCUCCUGAACGCGUGCAUUUAC